AUGGACCCUCAAGAUGUGAAAACAAACCUAGUGUUGAUACUAGAUUUCGGUUCCCAGUACACCCAUCUCAUAACAAGAAGAAUUCGGGCCCUCAAUGUGUUCUCGCUCUGCAUCAACGGCACAUCGUCCCUCAAAUCAAUAGUUGACCUGAAACCGCAUGUAAUUAUUCUUUCCGGUGGGCCACACAGCGUCCAUGCGAUGGACGCGCCUUGUUUUCCAUCUGGAUUCAUGGAGUAUGUUGAGUCGAACAAGGUUCAUGUUUUGGGGAUAUGCUAUGGGCUGCAGUUGAUUGUGCAGAAAACGGGCGGUGAGGUGAGUGUUGGCGAGAAGCAGGAGUAUGGGAGGAUGGAAAUCGAGGUAGAUAAGGCUAGUGGGUUGUUUGGAAAUAGGAAGGUUGGGGAUAGGCAGAGUGUGUGGAUGAGUCACGGGGACGAGGCCGUGAAGUUGCCGGAGGGGUUCGAGGUCGUGGCCAGGAGCAAGCAGGGGUCUGUGGCUGCAGUGGAAAAUCGUGGAAAGAGGUUAUAUGGUUUGCAGUACCAUCCAGAGGUAACACAUUCCCCUGAAGGAAUGGAAACGUUGAGAUAUUUCCUCUUUGAUAUUUGUGGAGUGACUGCCGGCUGGAAGAUGGAAGAUGUUCUUGAGGAAGAACUGAAAAUUAUUAAAGAGACAGUUGGACCUGACGAUCAUGUCAUCUGUGCAUUAUCGGGGGGUGUCGACUCCACAGUGGCAGCUACUCUUGUUCACAAGGCUAUUGGAGAUAGGCUUCACUGUGCUUUUGUUGACAAUGGUUUAUUAAGGUUUAAGGAGAGAGAGCGGGUGAUGGAAACAUUUGAGAAGGAUCUUCAUUUACCUGUUACUUGCAUUGAUGCUACUGAGCAAUUUCUUAGCAAGCUUAAAGGUGUAACGGAACCUGAAAAGAAAAGGAAAAUAAUCGGCAAUGAAUUUAUCUGCAUCUUUGAUGCUUUUGCUCAUGAUUUGGGGAAAAAGUUAGGAAGGAAACCUCUUUAUUUGGUCCAAGGAACCUUGUACCCUGACGUAAUUGAAUCUUGCCCGCCACCUGGAAGUGGGAGGACUCACUCCCACACUAUCAAGAGUCAUCAUAAUGUUGGAGGGCUCCCAAAGGACAUGAAGUUGAAGCUUAUUGAGCCGCUUAAACUUUUAUUUAAGGACGAGGUUCGUGAACUGGGUAGAAUUAUUGGGGUUCCAGUUUCCUUCUUAAGGCGCCACCCCUUCCCUGGGCCUGGCCUUGCAGUGCGGGUCCCUGGUGAUGUCACAGAAGGAAACCGGUUGGAGAUCCUGCGUAAGGCGGAUGAGAUCUUCAUUCAGGCGAUCAAAGAUGCUGGGAUAUAUGAUUCUAUAUGGCAAGCUUUUGCUGUGUUCAUGCCAGUAUUAACGGUUGGAGUUCAAGGAGAUCAAAGAACACAUUCUUAUGCCAUCGCACUUAGGGCCGUCACAAGUCAUGAUGGAAUGACUGCAGACUGGUACUAUUUCGAUUACAAGUUUCUGGCUGAUCUAUCGACAAGAAUUUGCAACGAAGUUCAGGGUGUAAAUCGUGUUCUACUAGACAUUACAUCAAAGCCUCCGGCAACUAUUGAGUGGGAAUAA